CAUAUAAAUCAGCUGAACUUGUGUAUUUCAAUUGUUAUUAAACUUAAAUAAGCAUGUCGUUGGUUGCCUAUGCCGCCAGCAGCGACGAAGAGUCCGAGUUUGAAGAGGAUAACUCUGGACCACAAGUGGAACUGUUGAAACCGCAGUCAAAACCAAAUACAGCUGGAACAAGCGCCCUGCCCGUGGAAGAAAAGUCAUUCAAUGGCCACAUUAGUGACGAGGACGACGACUAUGUGCCACAAGAAGCGUCCUUGCAGCAGCAAGCACCGCCCAGUGGUCGACUGUCACUAGCACUACCCAAGCCAAAAGUGGCUUUUGAAGAGAUUCAAGAGAAAGAUGAUUUGGACGACCAGGUGACACUCCCGUUUGCCAAGCUGCCCAUGCCACGCGCAGCAACGCUAGGCAAAACUUUUAUAGAGGAGAAGGACGAUGAAUUUCUGCACAAAAAGUCCUUGCCACUGGACAGCGAUGCAUUGGAGAAGCCUCCCCCUCCACCAGUCAAGGAGCGCGUUAAGAUUAGCAUCCCUUCGCUGAGGGACUUUUCGGAUGUGGACAAGGAAAAGGCAGAGAAAUCGAAAAACAAAGACAGCAAGCAAAACAUGCCCAAAGGAUGUGGACUCUUAAGUCUACUGCCCCAAGCAAAGUCUGAGCGUAAUUUUGCUAAAUCCUCAACAACAGAGACUGCCAAGCCGUCCACAAGCAUCGCAACUGCUCCGAAGUCAACGAACACAAUGCCACAGUCUCGUGCCGCUGCGCCAGCCUUUGUGCCGGAUACAGUGAAGCAUCGCCGCGCUGCGCACAACACAGAAGGAGUAGAUGGCGUAACAUUAUCUGCUAAGAAGCCUACCCAAGAUACUGGUGCCGCCGAAAAGCAGCCAAAGAAGCCUUUGUCAGCUCUGGUGAAUGCAAGCGACAGUGAGGAAGAUGAUGACGACGAAGAAAGGGACUUUUUCUCGCUAAACACAGAACAGAAACUUCCCGAGGUGAGCAGCAACGAGAUCAGCGCCUUGGUAGCCAAACGCGCUGCCAAAAUGGUGGAGGCAAGCGGCAAAUAUCUGGACGAGAUGGCCGCUCGUGAUGCGGCCGAGGCAGCUGAAGCAGAGGCGACUCGACUCCAAGACGAACAGAUGCACAACGCACAAAAGCGCUAUCAUGAACAACAGCUUGAUCCGGCUGCCAUGGAUGCGUUGGUGGGCAAAAAUGCCAAGCGCCGUCGAAAGGAGACCAAGGACAUACAAGUGAUUGAUAUAUCUGGGUCGCAGGUGCUGCCCGAUCGCGAGGAAUGGAUGCGCACCUGCUUGGCCUCUUCCACAACUUUUCAGCCUACGGGCGUGCUAACGGACGAGGAGCCUGUGGCCGGCACCAGACGCAAGCACCAAAUCACCUACCUGGCGCACAAGGCCAAGGCCAACGAGGCCGAGCUUCAGGCCAUGUGGUCGGCCAACCGGCAAACUCGAAGGGCCACACAAAGCAAAUAUGGUUUCUAAAUUUCCAUUUUAUUUACGAGCUAACUAUAAAUAUACGUUUUAAUGGUACACUAA